UGCAAACAAGCCCUGGUAACACUCUGCACACAGCGAGUUCUUCACUGGAGACCACAGUUUAGUGUGGCUUUGUUGCUUUUCUCCCAAUAUAACAUGGAGGCAUCACCCUAUGCCCAUGCAACAUCACUAUUGAUGAGUCUGAACCUCCAACGAGAACGAGCUCAGUUCUGUGACUGCGUGGUCAGACAGAGACAGAGCCCAGGUCAACUCUACCCCGCACACAAGUGUGUCCUGGCAGCUUCCAGUCCAGUGCUGGCAUCUAUCUUGUCCUCUACUGGGGCCCUGGUGGAAUUGCAGGCACCAUGUCUGUCUGGCUCUGUGCUGGCACUUAUUUUGGAAUACAUUUAUACAGGGACUUUGCCUUACACUCGCAGCCAUCAACACUAUUACAGUCUGCUCAGUGCUGCCUGCCACCUGCAGAUGGAUGAACUGCAGGAGACUCUCAAAGCUUGGCAACGGACUGAGGUGAAUGAUGCAGAUAAAACAAAUGCUUCCACUGGAACUGUGAACCAGCCAUAUGCAAGUUCCCUGGAGAGAGGGGAUCAUCAAUAUUCAGCCAAUGUGGAAACAUGUGAUGAAGCUCAGAUACACUCAGCCAGUAGAGAUUCCUGUAUUAAAUGCGGAGAAACGGAUACACGUGGAGCUAGCAGUAUAAAUGGCGCAAACCGCCAUAGUAGAAGAGAUGUAAGUACUUUAAGUGAUGUCAGCAUGUGUUGUAGUACAUCUGAGCCCUGUACUGAAAGUCGUGGAAAUACAGGUAACUGGAGACAAGUAACUAUUCUGACACCUCAGGAAUUGAUUCAAAAUAUCCCUUGCACCGCUGAAGUGCAUGGAGUGUCUAAAGUGGACAAAGAGGUGCAAAGGGAUCAGUUUCAUUCAGCUGGCACUGUAAUACCAGAGAAGACUUGGCAGAAGAGAACAGAAGGGGAUCUAGUGAGGACAGAUGAGGACAGGAAGAACUCCUGUUCAUCCUCUCCCUCAUCACCACAUCCGUGCUGUGGGGCAGUGCCUGUCAUCCGUCACAGCAGCAGAGCAGCUAUGCUUCAGCUGGCAGGAGUUUCUGCAGUGCCUCCUUACCAUCCAGUAUCCCAGCUCUCAGUCAACUCCAGCCGGGCCCCUGUCUCACAAUCAGCAAGCAUAGACAAUGACAGCAUUGAUCAAGGUAUUACUACUAAACACAAAAAUCACUAUGAGGUACAGAAUCAGGAUUACGAAAACAAAAAAACCCACACUGGAACACAGUGUUGGGAUUACCAGAAUAGUUCAGAUCAAUGUGCAAUGCAGGCUUUAUGUUACAAAUCCAGUGCAGAUCAAUCUGACAUGCUAGAACAGGAUUACAACAGCAGCAAUGUAGGUUGUUUUAUGAAACAGAAUGAUGAACAGUUGGACAACACAUUAUCCCACAUUACAGACCUUAAUGACCACCAUGCUCAUUGUGAUUUAUUUCAGAAUAAGAAUCACACAAAACAUCUUAGAGAUGAUUCAGUGACACAGAAUAAGGUUUGCAGUGAUUUCAUGAGGGGAUUUAAGCAUAAAACUGAGCUCAGUUUUGAUGAUUUGCCGUCCAAACAUCAGUCACUGUAUUGGUCUGAUUGCCACGAUGUUUCAAUGUCAGCUGGAGCAGAUGAGCUCUCACAAUAUCCAAGAACUAUGCAGGACUCAGACACAAGAAGUGACUCUAACUGUGAAGAUUGUUGUCCCACUGGAAAUACCAAAGAGGAACACAGUUACUCUAGCAGGUCUCCAGCUGAAAUCAAUAGACAGGACCUCCACUGUAAAGUCAAUGGACCUAAGACAGAUUGGUACCCAAAAGACAACAGAGGCACAGUUAUGGAAGACGAAAGACAGAGUUCUGAUGUUUGUUUACCUUUCUCUACUACACCAGAAUCAAAUUUGGAUAAUGUCACUGGUGGUUUCUUUGCCUUUGAACGGCGCACCUCUCUGGACCAUGAAAAGAUCUCAGACACUGAAAUCACAGAGCCACACUUAACUUUUACAAUGCCUGUGGACAGCAACAUGUCUGACUCAAUAUAUAGUCUUGCGGGGCAGUCAUACCAUGGGCAUCUUCAUUAUCACUGCCUACCACAGGAGGACACGCACUUCAUGCACGAAGACUCUGAUCACAAAUGCUCCCACACCAGCCACCCUGAUCAUUCUGACCAGUCCAGUGAUGAGGAGGAAGCAAUGAGCUUAUCCAGUCCAGGUCACAGUCCUCUGAGGCAGCCCUAUGCUACGGCAACGACAGACCAGGUUCUACUACUGGACAUUAGCGCCAAACCUGCUGAAAUGCAUGUGUCCCAUGAAUCUGAAGAGGAGGAGAGAAGUGACACAUUUGGAAAUGGAGUCAGGAAUAAUGACAAAGAGCAGGGGAAUGAAGGAGGAGUUGACAAGAGAAAUAUUAGAGCCAGAAAAAAAUUUGGGGCUGAGAGUUUUGAUGAAGGUGACACUCAAUCUUGGGUUGCAGCGACAAAUUUUGGAGAAGGAAAAUUUGUAGGUAAAGACCAAUGUAGGCCAGGAGCUGACGCCAUACAUAAAGCUGGGACUGUGGAGGAGGUUUCCAACCCUAAAGAGGGUGAGAACCAGAGCUGUACCCUGACAGUCUGUUCACCCCUUAGUGUGCCAGACACUGUACAAGCAUCCAAGUCAUCUACCUUGUCUGUCUGCAUAGCUCCUACCCUUUCAGCCAGCAUGCCAACAAAUAUAUCAGCUCAUCUGUCAACUCCUCUUCACCAACCUUUCCAGUGUUCUCUGUGUGACCGUUCCUUCAGCCAGCGAGGCUCUCUGAAUAGACAUGUGCGGAGCCAUCUUGGCGUACGGCCUUUCCCCUGCCCCUGCUGCCCUAUGACCUUUUCACGCCAGUACCGUGUCACAGAGCACAUGCGUGUUCACCAGCGGUGUACCCUGAGGAAUGACUUUCAUAAGCCCCCUACUUCUUCAAUUUGAGACUAUGCGGCGACGUCGCAAAAGUGAAGUGUAUGUUCCUGUCUUUGUAUGACAGUAUUAUUCAAAUGUUUUUGUUUGUUUUCAGUAGUUUAGGAUAACAAUAAUUUUUUUUCCAUAUUUUGCGAAUACAUCUGAGAUGGAAGAGAAUUAGGGCAUUUUUGAGAUUAAGAUCUGAGAUUAAUUUCCG